GUCCUUGUCCUUGUUUAUACCAAGAGUUAGUUCACUCGACUCGCCCUUUUUGUUUGUGUCAGUUCUGUUUCGUUUAUGCUUUUUUCUAUGCUCUGAUCAAAUCCUCCUGUUGUGUGCAUAACAAUCUGCAGUAGCAGAAAUUGAUUCUUGUUUGGGGAAUAGAAGAGAGAAGCGUUUUUUAUUUGAGGAAGGAAAAUGGGAAGGAUUUUCGUGAUAACUUUGGAGGGAAAGAUCUAUAGUUGCAAACACUGUCAAACUCAUCUUGCUGUACGAGAAGAUACAAUUUCUAAGGCGUUCCAUUGCAGGCAUGGGAAGGCAUACCUCUUCAAUAAAAUUGCAAAUUUCACAGUUGGUGAGACGGAAGAGCGCAUGAUGAUGACUGGUGUACAUAGUGUUUGCGAUAUAUUCUGUGUUGGCUGUGGAUCAAUUGUGGGAUGGAAAUAUGUAGCUGCACAAGAGAAGAGUCAGAGAUAUAAAGAAGGAAAAUUCAUUCUUGAGAGGUUUCAGGUGUUGGGUCCAGAAGGGACCUUGUAUUAUUUCAACAACAAUCCUGAAGCUAGUGGUAGCGAAGCAGAUGAUAUGUGAAGAUGUUAACAGAUAACACCCUAUGUAAUGCUCAACCAUUUGAUAACUGCUGAUUCUGACUGUACAUUCUCUCCCAACCAUAUAUAAGCUCUCUCCAAUUUCAUGCAGAUUUUCAGAUGUUUGAUUUUGUUCAACACCAUAGUAUAGGACCACCAUUAUAAUGCUGCAACCUUAAGCAGUAAUGACGAUAUCGGCUCAAUUGCUGGUUCAUUUCUGUUGGUUAAAAUGCACAUGAUAUAUGAAUUCCAUUGAUAAUGAAAAGUGUUAUUUUUAUCUUGA